GCACACAAAUGUCAGACACAGAAAACAUUAAACCUAAGAAGAAGUCAGUUGGUUUCGCCGAAGCACCAAUUGAAGACUUGCAAGAGCAUCACAAGAUCCUUAGACAAAAGGAAGAAGAGAAAAAGAAGUCGUCUCUGUUCCACAAGAUCCCACCGGAGUAUGCUUAUUUAGAAAAGAAAAACUUGGGUCAGGGUCCCAAACAAAUAUCACCCCAGCUGCCAGUGAUCGCCCACCCCAGCCCUAAGUUGUCUGAUUUACCUGAUUUAAAGAAUUUAAAGUUUUUCGACAUCAAGGAUAUUUCUGUCCAGAAUAAGGAGACUGAGUUGCAGUUUCACUAUAAUCGAAUUGAUUUGCCCCCUGCUGCCGACAGUGUAAUUGUGGAUGUCAAGUACGGUUCUUUGAAUUCGUUAGAUUUAGCCAAGAUUAAUCAGUAUCUUUUGAACUUGAGUAAUGUAAAGGUUGGUCUUGGGUAUGAAUUUUCGGGGGUGAUAAGCUACCUUGGAAACAAUAUGAAGAGUAAAUAUUCCAUUGGUGAUUAUGUGUUUGGUGUAAUCAAUCCUACUGCAAGAAGAGGUGCAUUAUCUACAAAUCAAAUAGUAUACCCGGGGCGAGACAUUUUGAUUAAAGUUGACCAGCUUGUUCUCAACCAAUUGAAUGAUAUUGAUGUUGAAUUGAAAUUUGAUGUGAAUGAACAAUUUGAAAUUGAUUCCGAUGAAGAAUCUCGCCAGUUGGCCCAACAGCUCUCGGAAACUAAAAUCAAAAGGACCACAUACGCCGUUGAAAGUACAAUCCCACCAUUGGGUAAAUUGACUACUUUCCCAGUUUUGUACAACCGGGCCAAACAAUUGAUUCAACAUUUACCAGUUGGAGGAAACCGAGUCAACAUCUUAAUCAACGGUGCCGACACAAAUGUCGGUCUAACCAUUAUUCAAAUAUUAUUGACUGAAUACGCACUGAUGUCUAUGAAUUUACUUUUAGUGAUUCGUGAAGGUUCAUCCAAGUACAUGGAACAAGCAGUAAACUACUUCCAUAAGAAAUAUUACGAUCCAUCAUCAAGAAAACAAUUGACAUUACUUCCAUAUGACAUGGUGAAUGACGAUUUAAUCUUCCCUGGUGAAAAAGUUCCAAUCAACUACAAGAAACCAAACUACUUUGCAAUUGAAAUAAUUGAUGCAUUAUUGAACAAUGAUCAUGGAUUAAUAGACACUUCCAACAUCAAUGACUACAAAUUGGACUUGAUUGUCGAUUUAGUUGGAUGCAAGAAGUAUUUCCAGGAAACUUCCAUCAAACUUCAUGAGAUUGAAUCAUUGAAUUUACCAUUCAAACUGAAGAUAAAUUCUUCAUUAGAAUCCUUGUUUGGAAAAGACAAAGAGCCAUUCUUGGUCAAACUUCUCAAGCCCAAGAAGUACGGUUCUAGUUUAGUCAGUGGAUGUAAUUUCAACAUUGAAGAACCUAGUUAUAACAUCAACGAGUUGAGUGCCGACACUACGGAAAUCUUGAAUCCAUGGAGUAAUAAAUGGACCUCAAACUUGUUCAACAAUUGGACGACAUAUACAUAUUAUGACGAGAUUCAGUUGCAAAUUAAACAAGAAUGGUGUGAGCAAGGGUUAGAAUUGGUGCUUGCCAAUCAGUUGAAGUUUAGAAUUGAUCAUUAUCUUGAUUGGAGAAACGAUUAUAAGAAGCACAUCAAUCAGUUGAAGAUCAAUGAUGGUAAGGUUGUAUUUAAAGUUGAAGAUUUUUAGUUACAUAGUUGGCAAUAUACGUUCUCAUGUAAAGCCAUACUCUUGCAGAUCCCUCGGGUAUUAGAGUCUAUUUUCUACAAAUACUAUUAUCUAAACUAGUUUACAUAGGAGAAACCUGUUUACGGGUGAAAGAAGGCAUGUCCCAAAGUAGUAACUUGAUACCCAAGAGACGAUAAAACAAAUGAAACGACUAACGUAAAUGUUAUCCUAAUUCGUUCGGAGAAAUAAUCAGACGAACCGUUUCUUCACAUGAAAUGCGUUGAGGGAAUUUUAAGAAAGUCUACUGCAACGUAAACACCCGACAGAACAGCUCUUUCCUGAAAGUGAAUGACCGCCAGAGCCGUCAAAAGCGGGAACUUCCUACAACAAUGGGUUUCGGAGUUUUAGUUCCGAAGAAGCGGUAUUUUAGUUAAAUUUAAUUUAAGCAAAACAAUGACCAAUAAACAUCGAAUGAUUCUACCUACAAACAAUGGUAAAAUUAAAUGUCGCAUUUCUUAAAGUUGGGGGAAACUAGCAUUGGUUACAAAUUUUGCCCCACUUACCCAUAUGAUACUUUGAGAAUUGCCUUGUUGGCCAGAGGGGCUUACGCUAAUUCUUCCCCCAUUUGAAUCAUAUGUUCUGGCCUGCAUAGAACAUCCACACCAACUACGAAUAAAAAUUUUUUUUGUUUAGUCGACCAACGGGGUGGGGGGCAGACUAUUGCUGCGAAUGAAAUGAUUUUCAUUUAGCCUAUUGUGCGUUUUCUUAUUGUGGAAAGCCCAGUCGAUUGGAACUGUAUUAGUAAGCCAGAUUCUAUCCAGUGAGCGUGUGUGCCCCUUUGGCAAAUAAUUCUGUAAUUACAACCA